GAUAGUAAUUGACAAAUGAAGCUGCUUCGAACAUUAUUUCGCGCGACAACCACAAUGAAGUCAAACAUGCGGUUACCAGAGAAUGAGGUGUCAGUAAAAGCGCCGUGGGGCAACAUAGCAGGGUUAACAUGGGGCAGCCCGUCAAACCCGCCAGUCCUUCUCUGCCACGGGAAGUUAGACGCGAGUUCAGGGUUCCGUCCAUUGGUCUCGCUCCUGCCGGAAUGUUUCUACUACGUUGCAAUAGACCUCCCGGGUAAUGGCCGAUCCGACCAUUUCCCGCGUGGUGUCCGAUACACUGUUAUUGAUUUUGUUCCAACCAUCCUCAAAGUCGUGGAACACUUCAAGUGGGACAAUUUUAUUUAUAUUGGUCAUUCGCUUGGAGUCCCUAUUGGCAAGUUCUUCAACAUAGCGUACCCGGAUUAUAUAACGCGCAUGGUGGAGAUUGACCCGGUGCCCGCGCACCACACGUGGCCCACCACGCGACAGGGCAUUCAAGACUGGUUCCACGACUACUACGGCUUUUACGACGAAAAAAAAUACCGCAAAUUCAACAGCGGCCCCGAGACGGCGCCGAAGUACACCAGAGAGAAAGCACAACAAUUGAUGAUGGAAACGCGCGGUCUUACAAAAGAAGCAUCAAAUAAUGUUCUAGAAAGAGUAUUAAUGCCAGCUGGAGACAGUCUCUACAGGUUUACAUACGACCAGAGAAUGAAAGAAGUGACAGUGCUCCCAUUCUCGGGGGAGCUUCUGGGUAAAAUCUACACCACGACCACAACGCCUACCUUCUGUGUAGUGGCCCAAGGCAUGAUCGACGUGGGCUGUUACAUCGAAGUACCUUUCGUCAUGGAUGAGAAGGCAUGGCCGAAUGGAAACUACUCCUACAAAAUCGUAGACGGAGGCCACGACGUUCACAUAAACAACCCUGGCUGUAUGGCGGACGACAUAUCCAAGUUUAUAUUGGCCGAAUUUAAAUCGAAAUUGUAAAUAUUUAGACGCAAUUAAAUAUUUUUAAGAAAGUU